AUGGCUCUUGACCAUACGUUACCCGCCAGGGAAGAGGAGGAGGAAGCGGAAGAGGAGCGGGAAGCCGAGGGGGAAGCGGAGGAGGAAGCGGAAGAGGAAGUGGAGGAGGAAGCAGAGGAGGAAGCGGAGGAGGAAGCCGAGGGGGAAGCGGAAGAGGAAGCGGAGGAGGAAGCAGAGGAGGAAGCGGAGGGGGAAGCGGAAGAGGAAGCCGAGGAGGAAGAAGCGGAAGAGGAAGAGGAGCGGGAAGCCAAGGAGGAAGCGGAGGGGGAAGCGGAGGAGGAAGCCGAGGAGGAAGAGGAAGAAGAGGAGGAGGAAGCAGAUGAGGAAGCAGAGGAGGAAGCAGAAGGGGAAGCGGAGGGGAAAGAGGAGGGGGAAGCAGAGGAGGAAGCAGAGGGGGAAGUGGAAGAGGAAGCGGAGGAGGAAGCGGAAGCGGAAGAGGAGCAGGAAGCCGAGGGGGAAGCAGAGGAGGAAGCGGAGGAGGAAGCCGAGGAGGAAGAGGAAGCCGAAGUGGAAGCAAAGGAGGAAGUGGAGGGCGAAGCGGAAGAGGAGGCAGAGGAGGAAGCCGAGGAGGAAGCAGAGGAGAAAGCAGAGGAGGAAGCCGAGGAGGAAGCAGAGGAGAAAGCAGAGGAGGAAGCCAAGGGGAAAGAGGAAGCGGAGGAGGAAGAGGAGGAGGAAGCGGAAGAGGAGCGGGAAGCUGAGGGGGAUGCGGAGGAGGAAGCGAAAGAGGAAGUGGAGGAGGAAGCAGAGGAGGAAGCAGAGGAGGAAGAGGAGGAAGCCGAGGAAGAAGCGGAGGAGGAAGCGGAAGAGGAGCAGGAAGCCGAGGGGAAAGAGGAGAAGGAACCCGAGGAGGAGGCGGAGGAGGAAGCGGAGGAGGAAGCGGAAGAGGAGUGGGAAGCCGAGGAGGCAGCCGAGGAGGCAGCUCUUGCUUUUUGUGUGUGCCCCAUGACAGUAUGUGCUAAGUGA